AUGGAUGACGAUGCAGAGGUCGAGGUGCUUGGGAGCCCGACGGGAGAGGCCGGAUCUCUGACAGGAGACCAAGCCCAAGCUGAGCUUGACCUUGUGGAGGAUGAAGUUGCAGGCUCCGAAGCAUCGGAUGUUGAGGGCGGGGCAGUCAAGGACUUCCUGCAGCGUACUGCUGCAUGGGCAGCUAAGUCACAGAACUUUCACACCAUGGAUCUGUCGGACUCGGACAGCUCGAUCGACAGCCCCGGAGGCCACUUGGCGCGGCUUGCUUUAGCAAUGCGCCGUGGAGCGAAGGAGCGGAAGGUCUUGGAGGAGAUCAGACGGGAAUCCUUGGUGGAGAAGCUGAUGGAAACAAUCAUGCAGUUUUGGAAAAGGAAAGCCCACAAAGAUUGGGUCAUGCCGGCGAGGGACAUCCUUUGGAAACACGUUGCAGCCAUCAGUCGUUCUCGGCAGGUUGCCACGCGGCUGCGAAACACGGCAGAGGCCUUGGCCAUUUUGCGCGCCGCCGACGAUGCCGAUAGCACACACACUUCAAACAAGGUCGAGGACAUUCAGCGAAAGAACUUCUGGGCGGACUACAAGUCACGGACACUUCUGCAAAUGCAAGACGCGGAUGCAGUUGGUGCUCGAACUGGACUUGCAGGGCGUUCCGGCUCGUCUCAGAAACGGAACACUGUGAUCAGGUUGCCAAAGCUGUCUCAGGGCGAGCGGGCACCCUUGACGAGCCGAGUCAGCCGUGCACCAAAUCGGCUUAUCGUUCUUCGGGACGACAUACAGCUGACACCGCGUGGCAAAUACAUGCAGUUGUGCAGCAUGCGGGGCAUUCGACCUGUUCUACAUCCGCUGAUCACAGGUGAGUCCUCUAGCUUGACAAUGGCCAACCAGAACCUGACUGAUGGCGAUCUGCUCCCGUUGAUUCCCUUGCUAGAGGAGCUCCAGCUCGAUGCAGCGGAUCUAGCCGGGAACCGGAUGCUCACAGAUAGAUCACUCGUGCCGCUGAUCCGGUCCUUGGCGCACUCCUCCUUUCUGCAGCGUCUCUGCUUCCGCUCCGUCCUGGGCCAAAGCAGCGCAGCGUUGCUCUCGGAGAUGCUGCUGAGCCGCAGCGCCUUUAACAAGCUCUUGCAGCUGGAUGUCAGCGAGGUGCCUCUCCACCGGAAGAGCUUCCAGGGCUUGGCAGAGGCCAUCGCGCACCAUCCAACAAUGCUGGAUGUGAACUUGGCAAACACAGGAUUCGCACCAUACGCAACCGAUGGCAAGAUCUGCAUGAGCUGGCUGAUGUCCUGCCCUCGUCUCCAGAAGUUGGAUCUGUCCUGGAACUGCCUGGACACUCCGGCGCUCCAGCAGCUGGGGCAGAGCCUGUCGAAGCAUCGGGGCCCGGAGAAGCUGAGCCUGGCCGGUUGCUCCGGGAGGUCUGCAACCUCAGAUCUGCCCAUCGAGCAUUUCCUGGAGCUGCUGUCCCAGAACGGCACUUUGAAGCAUUUGGACCUGUCGCUCAAUCACAUGGACUACCGGGCCGCAUUGAUCCUAGAGGAUGCGCUCGAGAGCGCUCCUCUUCGAAGCCUGGAUCUUAGCGAGAACCCCCUUGGCCAGGUGGGCUUGCGGAGUAUCUUGAGAUUGCUCUGCAGCAGCAAGUCCAAGCUACGCUUCAUCGAUCUUGGCGGUUGCACAGCCGGAGCAGUGCAGCCUGGGCCGGACGGAAACCAGCUCUUCAACUACAUCAAUCCAAGUGGCCUGUAUGACUUGGACUUAUCCCGUCCGUAUCAUCGGAGCUUGCUGCGGAUGCUGUACAAGAAGUGUGAGCUGUCUGGGCAAACUCCUGCUUCAGCGUUCCAGAUUCAGAGCAGCAGUGUGCCGUAUAGCCACCCAGACAAGAGGGAUGGAAGAUACAACGUCCCGUCCUCUGGGCAGCUGUCUGCGGCAUUCGCGCUUGCAUGGCGUGAUGAUGAAGAUGACAUGUGGGGAUAUGCGAGAGCGGUGUAUCUGAACUGGACGUGCCGUCGUUUCUCCCCUUCUGCUCACAAGACAGCCCAGCUUUUGUAUCACUGGGAAUUGGCCGCAGAGGAUUCCCAGGAGCAGCUGAUGAUCCUGGAGGUGAUGGCGAAGGACUUCAUGAUUUCCUCAGCCUUGCUCCAGGAGAUGUGUGCGGGGAAUCCAGAUAUGCUGAAGAGCAUCCUUACUCGCCUUAUGCAUUGUGUCAGUGGUGGCAUCUCCGAGAAAUUCCUCAUCAUGAUGCGGGCGCCAUCAAUGAAGCUUUAUCUCCGUGUACUGGACGGAGUCAAGAAGUUGCUACUCUUCACGCCUGAGAACCCCACCGGACACUACUAUCUCGACAUGUCCAACAACGCAGAUUAUGCUCUGGCUGAACAGAUUCUGGUUCUGAACCAAUGGGAAACGAGGAUUGAGGAGCGUCUGGCAUACAUGGAUACCUCGCAGUAUGGCAACCGCUGUCAUCUCCGGAACAUGAUGUAUGCGGGGCGGCGCUUGCCGGUGCAGGACGUGAAGCAAUGGAUCCUUCCUAUGUCUGACGCCUUUGCGUUCGACUAUGUAAGCUGCAAGCGGCCCAGCAGCACGGAGCCGACCAUGGAGAGCCACGACUUCGACAAGCUGCUCAAGUUGCUGACCAGGAGGAAUGGCACCAUCUCGGAGAUUCGACUCAAAGCUUUGCGAAGCGUGUCCACGUACAUCUUCAUAACCGCGACGCAGAUGCGUCAAAUAUUGAAUCUGUUCGAGGAAGAGUAUCGGGCGCGCUGCAGUGUACUCUUCUUCUUUCGGGUGGUCGAUAUGCAGAACGAAAAGAUCUUUCGAUGUGCUUUCGAAAGCCCAGAGCAGCUGCUGAACGUUCAGAAGAGUUUGGGCUUCGUGGCCUCUUUCCCAUACAUACAACCAGAUCAUUGGACCGUCGAUCUGGAUCUCACUCAGCACGACCAGCGCAGAGCUCUUCAUUGUCUCUGGACUCUCGCGGAGCACGAGAAGUUGGAGCACUUGACGAAAGUGGUCUACACGACGGGCACGGGCAACGUCCUUCAAGGCAACCAGUUCCUGGUGCCGCGAUCGUGGAUGAACUUUGAGAGCGUGCCAACGAGUGGACGUAUCAAGGUGACCUAUGUUGGUGGCAAGGAUACCCGGAACUGGACCUACCGCAAGAAGCUGUACGAGCAGUGCGGCCACUGGAAGUUGGACUGCAGCAGUUCUCAGGUUCAGUGGUGGUCCUCGCUGACAGAGGCGCCGGAGGAGGUCAUCAAGUUCCUACAGUUGCUGGUUGGUAAGUUCAGCGACUUCGACGAAGCCUUUACCUUCAUGGAUGGUGGCGUCCGUGGCAAUGGUGUCAUCAACUUGAAAGAGCUGCACGAGCGUAUGCAGCGGAUGGGCGUGAAGUCCUUCCGAGGUCCUUGGCUUCAGAAAGUCUUUCGCUUUCUGGACCCAAAUGGAAGCGGGAGCAUCUCAAGAGAGGAGUGGACCGAGCUUGCAGAUUUGUACAAGGAGGUUACAAUGCGACUCAACGAAUUCGCGCUCUUCCUGGAACGACAGUUCCCAUCAUCGCGUGGAGCACUGCGGAGGGUAUGGGAGAUUUUGGAUCCCGAAGGUGUGGGCAGCAUGACGCGCAGCAAGUUCGAGGGUGCCGUGCGAGAUCAGCUCGGGUUCUUGGGAUCAACUCGUGUAAUCGUGGAUUUCUUGGAUGUUGACGACACGGCCACUGCUCAUUUUCACGUGGCACACUCCAACUUCAACGAUCAUGCCAAGAACGCUGCAGUGUCUCAUGAUCAGCAACGGAGGGCUUUGGCAGAUCCGAUGCGGGACACUGAGCUGGAGCUACAGAGGAUCAACGCACUUCUGGCACAGCCGCCGAUACCGCCCCCGGACGUGCCUUCACACUUGCAGCAAGGCUGCCGUUCCACCUUGCCGGCGCAACUCUCGGCAGCAGCGGUUGGAGAAGCUCAGUUGAUCGGCCGACGGAUCCAGACGCUUCCUUGGAAUGCUGUGGAUGCCUCUCCGAGCCGUUUCCGCGACGCCUGCGAUGCACUGCACGACGGUGCUGAGGCGGCGCGAAGGAUUUUCGGCUGGGCCUCGGGCGUACCCGGCCGCCUCGUUGGAAAGGAUGCAGCGUGGCUCGUAGCCGAUGCUGCCAAGUUCGCUGUUGCAGAUCUGCCGCCUGUGCUGCUCGGGCGAACUGCCGAUCUUUCGCGGGCUUUGUUAAGUGUCCGCCUACGCGAAGUCGUGCAAGACCCCAAGAAAGCAGCAGCCUGUGCUACUCACAAAGCGCUUGACCUGAUGGGAGGUGGCUUCGUGAAGAUGGCGCAGGUGGUGGCGCACAGCCCGGCCCUCUUCCCGGAGCCAUUGGUGCACGCAUGCCGUGGCAGUCUAGCUCAGGCCGUGACGCCUCCGGCUCCGCUGGAAGAUAUUGAGCAGAUUCUCAAGGAGGACCUCGGUCUGAAGAUUGGUGAUCUCUUUGAGGACUUCGAAGCGGAACCCAUGGCUGCAGCAUCCAUUGCGCAGGUGCACGCUGCUAGACUCCGUAGUGGAGAAAGGUGUGUAGUGAAAGUCGUUCGCCCCCGCGUGCGGGAGCGACUGGCAGUUGACUUCGAAUGUGUACAGUUGGCUGCGCGCCUUGCAGACCUCAUCCUCGGGGAGGAGGUCGUCCUUCAGCUGGUAAGUGCCUCGCUUGAGGGAUGCGUAGAGGAGCUGCGAAGAGCUGUUAUGGCAGAGUGCGAUCUUGCCAUGGAGCGGCAGAACAUUGAGGACUUCGCCCGGUGGCUGGAAACAUCAGCCACGCUUCGCAGAGCUCGCCUGGCAAGUGCUGUUCGUGUGCCGAAGACGUAUGAGGAUGCUUCCUCUCCUCGUAUCCUGACCAUGGAGCGCAUUGAUGGGCUGCCGUUCUCCGAGCUCUGCGCGAGUGGAGGUUCACAGCCAAGCAGUGCUCCCGAGGACUGGCAAGCUGCUUUGACGUCUGCACUGAGCGUUGCGGCUGUGUCGGUGCUCGACGGCUCAGCUCUCUUCCAUGCCGACCUGCACACCGGCAACAUGAUUGCGGUGAGAGGGCCGGCUGGAGAAUGCCGGGUGGCCUUCAUCGAUUUCGGCUGCUGUGGUCGUCUGCCGGCACCACUGCGAGGCACUUUGCUGAUGCAAGCCUCAGCCUUUGCCGGAGGAAGGCCAGAUGUGCGACAGUUCUGCGAGGGCUUUGCGCAUGCACUGCAGCGAAUCCCAGAACUUGGCCGCGAGGAGGACUUGGACGUCGACGCCCUCGCCGCAGACAUGAAGCCUGUGCUGAAACAGCUUCAGCUCCUCAACCCCUUCAGAGGAGGUGCUGACCCGAUGUCGCCGGAGUUGCAUAUAGAGCUCUUGCGCCUACAGCGGGUCCUGUGCCGACAUGGGGUGCAGCUUCCCCGCGAGUUUACUCUCCUGAUGAAGACUGGUUGCUUCGGUGCUCUGUAUUUCUCGCUGUUGGAUGAUGCCAACAAGCGCCAGCUUUUGUCAAAACUGCUGGUUGCCGGAGCUGCUUUUGCUGCUUCCCAUCCCAAGGACGCGAGGGAGCUUCUGAAUCCAGCAAAGCUGGCGGUGCUGCUGUCGGCACUGCGCAGACACGAAAGGCAAGGCAUUCGCAUUUGCACGGCACGUCUUUCGCAGGCCUUUUGCAGCUUGUGGUGUGACGCCUGCUAUCGUCGUGGCAAGCUGUCGGAAGCCGAGCUGUUGUUCGAGAAGAACGAAAGCUUCCUAUUGCAAGUGGCGGAUGAAUGUUCAGGCCUUGCCAUCUCUGCAGCAUACCUAGUGCGGCAUUUGCAGCCACUUCUCAGCAGAUGGGUGAAGGUGUCCAUUUUCCUGGAGCGUAUGUCCUGUCAGCUGCCACGUAAGGUAGAUGUGGCACUGUUAGUGCACUCCGAAGAAGCUCCGGAAGAGGUCAGCGCGACCUCGACGCCAACCUGCACGAGGGCCGACGGGAGCGUCCCUGCCGUCCAUGCGGCCUUCUAUCUGUGGUAUGGCACUCCAGAGGUGGAUGGCAAGUGGCUGCACUGGGAUCACAAGGUGCUUCCUCAUUGGGACAAGGAGGUGGAUGCCAAAUAUGACAAGUUCAAUUGGAGCCCACCAGACGAGCCCCACGCCACCUUCUAUCCUGAAAGGGGCCCAUAUAGCUCAAGCGACGAGUCCAUCCUCCUGAGCCAGUUUGAGGAUUUGGCGAAGGCAGGUAUUGACUCCGCAAUGUGUUCAUGGUGGGGGCGAAAGGACUGGGCCGGCAAGCGAGAUGAUGCCGACUCAGGUGCCAACACGGAUGAGCUCAUUCCAUCGGUGCUCGAGGCUGCAGAAAAAGCCGGCGUUUUCGUAUCCUUCCACAUCGAGCCGUACGGGGGCCGGUCCCCACAAACGUUCUUGGAUGACCUCGCCUACAUCGUCCGCGAGUACGGGCACCACCCAGCCAUCUGGCGUGAGGGACCAAAGAAGCUGCCACUCUUCUGGUUGUAUGAUGUCUCGGCCCAGCAUUCCAUGCAGGAUAUCGCUGCUUGGAAGGAGGCACUCGAUUCCGUACGAGGCACCGAGUUGGACGGCGUGUUCCUGUGCUUGUGGAUUGGGAAUGGCGGUGGGCGAGAAGAUCUUCGCUUCGUAGAGGAUGGAGGAUUCGACGGGGCGUAUACCUACUUUGCUGCCGAGGGCUUCACGCCAGGAUCCAACACAAAAAGUUGGAAAGACACUGCAGCGAGACUCAACAAGCUUGGCAAGCUUUUUGUGCCGUCAGUUGGUCCAGGGUACGAUGACACGCGGGUCAGACCCUGGAAUUCGCACAACAUUCGAGAAAGGAAGGGCGGGGAGUACUACAACCGCAUGUGGUCCGCAGCAGUGGGCAGUCGGCCUUAUGCUGUAUCAGUCACUUCCUACAACGAGUGGGGCGAGGGCACACAAAUCGAGCCUGCGAAGCGCCAUCGCUCCUGGAAAGGAGCGAAGUACGGCAGCUACGAGCCCAAGCCGAGCACGUUCUACUUGACGGAGACCAAGCGAUGGUCAGACCAAUUCAAGGAAGAUCAAUGCCGCGAGGAGAAGACUGAGCUUUAA